AUGAGUUCGGUGGGGCAGGAGCAAUCUGAGACAAUGGCUCUACCUGGACAGGCGGGUUCAGAGGCCCCGCCCACUUACCUGAUGACGCGCCGGCGACAUCGCGCAUGCUCAGUCCGGGAAGGGCGGUAUUGUUUUUCGUUCUUUGUUGAAGCGGGUUGGCGGUGGGAUCGGGAUCGGGAGCGGGUCCUCACCCUCGCCCCCUGGGGCAGGGAGCCAGGGACGGAUUAUUCUCUGCGGGGCGACGACAACAGUUUCCUUUCGGGAGGGUCAAUGAAUGUGAAAGCUGAUAUAAAGAACACUACCGAUGAUUCCGAAACCUCGCUACCAAUUACAGUUGAUGCUCUGCUUGCUAAAAGCCGCUCCCUGCUCCGAGGAAUGCCUGCGUGUCAGAAUUUGCCCUGCAGACAGGCAGCAGCUUGCACACAGAAAAUUGCACUAAAGCGGCAGAAUCUGACCAGAACUGUCCUCAAAAUGGAUAACGGAGCGAGCAGUGGAGGAGUUCCAGUGACGUCAACAUCGGGAAAGGACACGGGUCUGAACUCAGUGAACACCGAGCUCCUGGCGAGCUGGGAUGAUUCCCAGCUGCUGCAGCUGACGGAAUUCUACUGGGACAGGCUGGAGCAGGCGAUGGAAGGAGGGGUGCACGGAGUGAGCCUGGCGUUAACGGCCGAGAAUCAGUUCAGUGGAGAGGAACAUCGGAAAAUCUCUGAUCUCGCUGAUAAGGGAGAGUGGGCGGACAGUUCUAAACUCCUCCUGAGCCUGGUGAUGGAGAAAGGCUCCCGCGCCCGGAGGGUGAUGUGGGAAACCUUUGUCAAAAUGCGGAUUGAUGUUCCAAAGUUGGACAAAAUACUGAAAGAAAUACAGGAACAUGGUUGUGUUCUGGUCCAUCGACCCGUACCGGAGAUUCCCAGGGAGCUGAAAGAUGUUCAACAGAAACACAAGGAGACUCUGCGGGCACAAACUGGAACACUGAGAGUGAACACGAUCCUGAUGAGGGAGAAGGUGAAGGUUUUCCAGCUGGUUGAUCGAUACGCUGAGCUCACGGUCAUUUCUACUGUUCGAGAUCGGAGACUGGUGGAACAUGAGCUGCUGGCAAGAGGCAGAGACCAUGAGGAGUGGAGAGAGAAACAUCUCCGCAGAAAGCUGGAAAAAAUCCGGACUGAUCAGUUGUUCCAGAGCAGUUUUUCUCAGAGUAAAUCCAAAUCUGGGAGUUCAGCAGCAAUGGCUGGAGUCCCGGGGAUUGGGAAAACAACAAUGUUACAAAAGAUUGUUUAUGACUGGGCCACGGGGAAAAUAUACCAACAAUUCCAGUUUGUCUUCAGUUUCAAAUUCCGGGAUUUAAACAACAUUAACUGCAGAAUAAACCUGAAGGAACUGAUUCUGGAUCAAUAUCCUUACUUUGGGAAUAUCCUGAGAGAGGUCUGGAAGAACCCAGAGGGUUUGCUGUUUAUAUUCGAUGGUUUGGAUGAAUUCAAUGACAAAAUUGUUUUUACUGACAGUCGGGGAGACACAGAACCACGGUCCACGUGCACAGAUCCUGAGUUCAAGUGCAAGGUGUCUGACAUUGUGUAUAGUUUAAUCCAGCACAAGCUGCUCCCAGGGUGUUCAGUACUGGUGACCACCCGUCCCACUGCGUUACAUUUACUGGAAAAGGGUGAGAUCAGUGUCUGGGCUGAAAUCUUGGGAUUUGUUGGUGAGGAACGGAAAGAAUAUUUCAUCAGGCAUUUUGAUGAUCAGACGGUGGCGGCAGCUGUUUUCAAACACGUGAAGGAGAACGAGAUCCUGUACACCAUGAGCUACAACCACUCCUACUGCUGGAUCCUCGCUCUGGCACUGGGCCCCUUCUUCACACAAAGAGUCAGGGACCCACACCGAGUUCCCAAGACCAUCACCCAACUGUACUCCUACUAUAUUUACAACAUCCUGAAAAACCACGGCCGUGAGAUUGAGAACCCCCGUGAUGUGUUACUCAGGGUUGGUCAGAUGGCCUUCAGAGGAGUGUCCGAGAGGAAGAUUGUGUUUACAGAUGGAGAUUUGAUCAAGUACAAUCUGCAGCCUUCCCAGUUCCUGUCCGGGUUCCUGAUGGAGCUUUUGGAGAGAGAAGAUUCUGCCCGGAGCAUGGUGUACACAUUCCCACACCUCACCAUCCAAGAGUUUGUAGCUGCAGUCGCACAAUUCUUGAUUUCAGAUGGCAGAGAUAUUAUGAAACUCCUCACUGAAACUCACAACACGACAGAUGAGCGAUUUGAGGUAUUUCUCCGUUUUGUUGCUGGUCUCUCCAACCCAAUGACAGCUCGGGGCCUGGUGGAGUUUCUGGGUCCAUUUCCCAAUGAAACAACCUGCCGGGUGAUUGACUGGGUGAAGGAGGAGGUUAAACACCGGAGUGUAAACACAAAGAGUGAAGCUGGUAAAAGGAGCCUCCUGAACACGUUGCACUACCUGUUUGAAUCUCAGAAUCGUGGACUGGCUCAGGCCGCACUGGGAUCUGUGGAAACACUUUCAUUCAGUGGAAUGACACUGACCCCGAUUGACUGCGCGGUCCUGUCUCAUGUCAUCGGACUCUGUGAUACAAUAAAACACCUCGACCUGGGGAACUGCCACAUUCAGUGUGAAGGAAUCCAGCGGCUGGGACCCGGGCUGCACAAGUGCCAGGAGUUGAGACUUGGGGAGAAUGAACUCGGAGAUUCGGGAGUGAAAUUGGUGUCUGUGGCUCUGAGGAACCCGGAGUGUAAAAUACAGAUACUGUGGCUGUGGGAUGUCGGCCUCACAGAUUCUGGCGUCGAGGAUUUCGCCUCCGCUCUCAGUACAAACCCAUCACUGACGGAGCUGGACAUGAGUGAGAAUAAACUGGGAGAUUCAGGAGUGAAACUGGUGUCUGCAGCUCUGAGGAACCCGGAGUGUAAAAUACAGAGACUGUGGCUGAUCGAUGUCGGUCUCUCAGAUUCUGGCGUCGAGGAUCUAGCCUCCGCUCUGAGUACGAACACAUCACUGAUGGAGCUGGACAUGAGUGAGAAUGAACUGGGAGAUGCAGGAGUGAAAAUUGUGUCUGCGGCUCUGAGGAACCCGGAGUGUAAAAUACAGAAACUGCGGCUGACCCGUGUCAGUCUUUCAGAUUCUGGUGCCGAGGAUCUCGUCUCCGCUCUCAGUGCAAACCCAUCACUGAUGGAACUGAACCUGAGUGGUAAUGAACUGGGAGAUUCAGGAGUGAAGCUGGUGUCUGCGGCUCUGAGGAACCCGGAGUGUAAAAUACAGAAACUGUGGCUGUGGGAUGUCGGCCUCACAGAUUCUGGCGUCGAGGAUUUCGCCUCCGCUCUCAGUACAAACCCAUCACUGACGGAGCUGGACAUGAGUGAGAAUAAACUGGGAGAUUCAGGAGUGAAACUGGUGUCUGUGGCUCUGAGGAACCCGGAGUGUAAAAUACAGAAACUGUGGCUUGACAAGGUUGGUCUCACAGAUUCUGGUACCGAGGAACUCGUCUCCGCUCUCAGUACAAACCCAUCACUGACGGUGCUGAACCUGGGAUUAAACUCGCUCACAGACCGAUCUGUCUCCGCUCUCUACCGCCUCAUACUGACCCUCCCGAUUCUGGAGUGGAUCUGCCUGGGGUCGAAUCAGUUCAGUGAGAUCGGGGGUAAGGAACUGAGAUGUCUGCAGGGAGUCAGACCCGGACUGAGAGUGAUCCUGUGACCAUCUGAAUGUGUGAACAUCCCUGUCUGUGGGAUGGUGGCAUUUUGUCCGAUUCUCCGCCCUCCCCUUUAAUGCCGGUCAUUACCUUUAAUGGCCGUGCCAGAUUUAAUUCCCAAUGGUUUUAACGGAACCGGCUCCAGUCUCGAGCUCGGUGACAUCGGAAGCCGUCCCACAGUGACCUAUUUCCGCCUCUUGUCUGGCGGCCACCUGUGUGGGUUCGAGACUGCCCCAGGAAAUACAAAGACCGGAUGAGCCCGAGGUCCAGUGCUCAGUCUGGGACAUCGGUGUCCUGGGGUGGAAUUAUCCAAGGUGACAAUCCUUUUCCUCCCUUUGCUGAGGACGGUGCAUACGACAGCCUGGCCAAUAUAAUGAUGUUAAAUUGACAAAUCCCUCGGCAGUGACCCUGGAUCUGCAGCGAUCCCGAACACGGCCCGGAAGUGUGAUUUUAUAAUCAUCGGUUCCCCGAUGACGGUGAGAAACGGGACUGAUUAUUCAACCGGUCACUCGUUGUCGCCGGUCAGUUAAUUGUGUGUGACUGUGACUGAGUCGGGAGCAGCUUAUUUAUUCCCGCACGUCAGCAGUUCACACAUUGUUUAAUUUACAUUUGUCAUGAUGAAAUCAAUAAACCGCUGUAGCUUCCUG